AUGAGAUACAAAUACAAAUUUAUAUCAAAGCAUAUAAAAAUUAGACCAAAAAAAAAGGCAGGUUUGAAUAUCAAGAAAAUUAACUAUUAAGGCAAUCUUAUUCUAUACUCAACUUAAAAAUAGACUUCCUAAUUAUACCAUUUAGGAAGUUAGGAUUAAUAUUUCUGA